UCUAUGAAGAAUAUAAAGGAAAAAAUAUUUAGAUUUUCUUCGGCUUAUCGAUUUUAUUCUCUUCUCUUCAUGCCACGUGAAAGCAACGUACAAAUGUUGUUAAGUUAGGUGCCUACGCUGCAGUACUCUAUCUUAACAACAGAAAGUAAUUCAGCAAUGAUAAUGCAGAUUCAUGCUUACGUUCGUCAUUAAAAAUCACUGCAAAAUCUGGAUGUAAAAAAAUAGAUGAAGGAAUUUGAAGAAAGAAUUGAAUGGUCUGUCAUUUUCACAGGUACUAUCGAACGAUCGUUAACAAUUUUGACUUUAAUUCUGUUUGCAAUUCAAAUAUCAUGCUCGCAGCCAAUUGAUAGCAGAUUAUGAACAAAUGUUGAAUUCGAAUAAUGAUUAUCAUUGGAUAAAUUUUCGUGGAAUGAAAUUGUGCUCGUGUUUAGCAGAACCUUUGUGAGACAAGAAUCAUUCGUUUGCAAAUGUUUAGUUCGAUGAGCUAGGAACAAAAAAUCAAAAAGGAUGUAAGUUACCGAAUUGAAAAUCGAAUUAUGAUUAGCGAUAAGAGAAAAAAAAAAAAAUUACGAUAAGCCACAGUGGAGGGGAUAUAAAUAAUUUGAACACCGUCCGCCUGGGGUCGCUUGAUUCCGAGGCUUUUAAACCAGUACCAAGUCUCAACGAAGGCGGUCGCGUUGAAUGAGAGCUCUUUAAAUUAUUAAAUACCAAUAAUAAAGCAGUACUUUAAAUUCCUACUACCCGGUCGUAGAACGUAUUGGAAUUUGAAAGAAAAAAAAAAAAUCGCGUUCAUCAAAUAAAGUUCCGUAUUAAUAAAAGCAGUGAUGAUUAAUUUUGUGAUUUGACAGUGAAAGUGAAAUUCAAGAUACACACCCGGUUUGUUAUUGAUAAGCCCGGGCGAUGACGGGCGAGGAGGGCAAGGGGGGGCCUGACGGGGGUGUCCCCGAUAACGCGAAGAUCGUUGCCGAAAAUCAACAGAACGGAGCUCAGGAAAAAGCACCGGUCGUCAACGGAACGAACAUGGAAACUCUGCCGAGGACAGGGAAACAGAGCGAUCCGAGCACAGCUUUUCUCAGGGCAGCCAGAGCGGGUCAGCUGGAAAAGGUUUUGGAAUAUCUCGAGUCCGGAGUGGACAUCAAUGCUUCUAACGCUAAUGGACUGAACGCUUUGCACCUAGCCGCAAAAGACGGCCACAUAGAAAUAGUAAGAGAACUUCUGACACGGGGAGCAAUCGUCGAUGCUGCCACCAAGAAGGGAAACACUGCCCUGCACAUCGCAUCGCUAGCCGGACAAGAGGAGGUUGUACAUUUACUCGUCCAACGGGGUGCCUCCGUGAACGCCCAAUCCCAAAAUGGUUUCACGCCGCUCUACAUGGCUGCCCAAGAAAACCACGACUCCGUUGUCAAAUUCCUACUUGGCAAGGGUGCCAAUCAAACACUCGCCACCGAGGACGGAUUCACGCCGUUGGCAGUGGCUAUGCAACAGGGUCACGACAAGGUGGUUGCUGUACUGCUUGAAAGUGACACUAGGGGUAAAGUACGCCUACCAGCUCUUCACAUCGCUGCUAAAAAGGACGACUGCAAGGCCGCCGCGCUGCUUUUACAAAACGACCACAAUCCAGAUGUUACGUCUAAAAGUGGAUUCACACCGCUUCACAUCGCUGCACAUUAUGGCAAUGACAGAAUAGCUUCGUUGCUUUACGAAAAAGGAGCGGCGGUUAACUUCACCGCCAAGCACAAUAUAACGCCGAUGCACGUCGCGGCGAAAUGGGGGAGGAUAAAGAUGGUCAAUCUUCUGAUGUCGAAGAACGCCAACAUCGAAGCUAAAACUCGAGACGGACUCACUCCGCUUCAUUGUGCCGCUAGAUCUGGUCACCACGAAGUGGUAGACAUUCUCAUAGAGAACGGAGCUCCGAUUGGAUCGAAAACGAAGAACGGACUAGCCCCGCUCCACAUGGCGUCUCAGGGGGACCACGUGGACGCUGCUCGUAUAUUGCUUUACCAUCAAGCCCCCGUCGACGAUGUGACCGUCGAUUAUUUGACCGCGUUGCACGUCGCCGCUCAUUGUGGCCACGUUAGGGUAGCCAAACUUUUGCUGGAUAGAAACGCCGAUCCCAACGCCAGAGCUUUGAAUGGAUUUACGCCUCUCCAUAUCGCUUGCAAGAAAAACCGUAUAAAAGUCGUAGAGCUUCUCCUCAAGCAUAAAGCUAGCAUCGAAGCCACAACCGAGUCUGGUCUCACACCUCUGCACGUCGCAAGUUUCAUGGGAUGUAUGAACAUCGUUAUUUAUUUACUGCAACACGAAGCCAGUCCAGACAUUCCAACGGUAAGAGGCGAAACACCUCUCCAUUUGGCUGCCAGAGCAAAUCAAACCGACAUCAUCAGGAUUCUAUUGAGAAAUGGAGCGCAAGUAGACGCGAGAGCAAGGGAGGACCAAACACCGCUGCACGUAGCCUCGCGAUUGGGAAAUGUCGACAUUGUGAUGUUAUUGCUGCAGCACGGUGCCGACGUCGACGCGACAACGAAAGAUUUGUACACCCCGUUGCACAUCGCGGCCAAAGAAGGCCAAGAAGAGGUGGCAUCCGUCCUAUUGGAAAACAGAGCAUCUCUAACGGCUACGACGAAGAAAGGUUUCACGCCAUUGCACUUGGCUGCAAAGUACGGCAACAUGAACGUUGCCAGGCUUUUGCUGCAGAAAGACGCUCCCGUUGAUGCUCAAGGAAAGAACGGAGUGACGCCGCUUCAUGUCGCGUCCCACUACGAUCAUCAGAACGUCGCUCUACUUCUCCUCGACAAGGGAGCGUCUCCGCACGCUAUGGCCAAAAAUGGUCAUACUCCUUUACAUAUUGCAGCUAGAAAAAAUCAGAUGGAUAUUGCCACAACGUUGCUGGAAUACGGAGCGAAGGCGAACGCAGAAUCGAAGGCUGGUUUCACACCUCUGCAUUUGAGUGCUCAGGAGGGUCAUACCGACAUGUCGACAUUGCUCAUCGAACAUAAGGCAGAUACGAAUCAUAAGGCAAAGAACGGACUGACACCUCUGCACUUGUGCGCACAAGAAGACAAGGUCAACGUCGCUUCUAUUCUUGUUAAAAAUGGGGCUGAAAUCGACAACAAAACGAAGGCUGGUUACACACCUCUCCACGUUGCCGCCCAUUUCGGUCAAGCGGCGAUGGUACGUUUCUUGUUGAGAUCAGGAGCAGGGGUUGACAGCAGUACUGGCGCUGGUUACACACCGUUACAUCAAGCAGCCCAACAAGGACACACUUUAGUUAUAAAUUUACUGCUGGAGAGCAAGGCGAAACCCAACGCAGUUACGAACAAUGGUCAAACGGCUCUAGACAUUGCUCAGAAAUUGGGUUACAUCAGUGUGGUUGAAACGUUGAAGGUUGUCACUGAAACCGUGAUUACUACAACGCACACGGUUACAAUCGAAGAAAAGUACAAGGUGCAAGCACCGGAAUCAAUGCAAGAAACUUUCAUGAGCGAUAGCGAAGACGAAGGCGGUGGUGACGAAAUUGGUAUGGCAGCCAUGAAUGUGUACGGGCAGCCGCCACACGCGCAACAUGUCUACCUCCCUUCCUACUACCAGGGCCAAAUGACCUACACUAGCGAAGAUCCGAUGUUGAGCGACCAACAGCAGUACCGCUACAUGACUGUUGAUGACAUGAAAUCGAUGGGCGAUGACUCCAUGCGUCUGAAUGUUACGGACGACGAAAGAGACAAUCGACAUUCUGGAGCUCCGACCAUAACAGAGAUGAUAACGAAAGAGAGCUACCACCGAUCAAAUGCAGUCAAUCACAAACCAGACAAUAUUGACAUCAACAGGCAUCCGAUCCACGUUGGCGAGUCACUAGUGUCGUUAAACACAUCACUGGCAGCCCUUGGUAUCGUGCCUAAAGGACAAGGGAUGUGGAGGGACAGUUUCCUAGUUUCAUUCCUGGUAGACGCAAGAGGAGGAGCAAUGAGAGGAUGCCGGCAUAGCGGAGUUCGCGUGAUCGUACCUCCUCGUAAGGCAGCUAUGCCGAUGCGAGUAACUUGUCGGUAUCUCAAAAGGGAUAAACUCACCAAUCCUCCACCAUUAAUGGAGGGAGAGGCAUUGGCGAGCAGAAUUCUUGAGCUUGGGCCUGUCGGUGCCAAAUUUUUAGGGCCCGUAAUCAUAGAAGUACCACAUUUCGCAUCACUGCGUGGCAAGGAAAGAGAAAUAGUUAUCCUCAGAUCGGAUAAUGGAGAAACAUGGCGCGAGCACACCUUGGAAGCGAGCGAGGAAGCUGUCCAGGAUGUGCUUAACGAGAGCUUUGAAGGAGAAGAAUUAAGCCAGCUAGAGGAUCUCCAGACGUCACGUAUAGUACGAAUACUCACGGUAGACUUUCCGCAUUAUUUUGCUGUGGUAUCCCGCGUCAGGCAAGAAGUCCACGCGGUAGGCCCCGAAGGAGGCACCGUUUCGUCUUCGGCCGUACCUCAAGUUCAGGCGGUGUUUCCACCAGCCGCUCUCACAAAGAAAAUCAGAGUUGGACUGCAGGCUCAUCCGAUACCAGCCGAGUUGGUAGCUAAAUUACUUGGAAAUCGAGUCGCGGUUUCGCCAAUUGUAACGGUAGAGCCAAGACGGCGAAAGUUCCACAAACCGAUCACUCUGACAAUACCGAUGCCACAGGCAGCCAAUAAAGGAAUGAUCAAUCAAUACUCCGGAGAUGCCGGAGCAGUUGGGACCCUCAGACUUCUGUGCAGCAUAACUGGGGGUCAGUCUCGUGCAGUCUGGGAGGACGUGACCGGGUCCACACCGCUAACAUUUGUAAAGGACUGUGUCUCCUUCACGACAACCGUAUCGGCCAGAUUUUGGUUGAUGGACUGCAGAAACAUAUCAGAGGCAACGAAAAUGGCUACUGAACUCUACACCCACGCUACACACGUGCCGUUUAUGGCCAAGUUCGUAGUGUUCGCCAAACGUGUCGAUCCGUUGGAAGCGAGACUACGUGUCUUUUGCAUGACUGAUGACAAGGAAGACAAAACACUGGAACAUCAAGAACACUUCACCGAGGUCGCCAAAAGCCGCGAUGUCGAGGUUCUCGAAGGAAAAACACAAUACAUGGAAUUCGCGGGUAAUCUUGUCCCAGUUUUAAAGAGCGGGGAGCAAUUACAACUUCCUUUUAGAGCUUUCAAAGAGAACAGAGUUCCGUUCACCACGAGAGUUAAGGAUCCAGACGCGGCCGAUACCGUUGGACGCAUAAUGUUCAUGAGCGAACCGAAAGUUGCAAAGGGUGAACCGUCCCAGACGCCCCUUUGUACGUUGAACAUUUUAUUGCCGGAUAAAAUUUCUCCCGACGGCACGUUCUCCGAAUUAGACUUACUCGAGCUGUCGAAGAAUUACAGUUUCCUUCGGGACGGUGGGAUCAGCAGACCGGAUACUAUCCACCGUGCUACCAUACGAUUGACCGACAUCUCGAAUCUGUUGGGACCCGACUGGGAGAAAUUGGCCGAAGAAUUGAACAUCCCGCCGAAUGACGUUGACAUAAUAAAACAAGAAUAUCCUGGAAAACCCGCUCAGCAAGCGUCAGCAAUGUUCAAAUUGUGGCAGGAUAAUGGAAACAAAGCAACAGGCAAUACUCUGGAGAAGGCCUUGAAUAAAAUCGGUCGUGAGGAUAUAGUAAAGAAGUGUAUAUUCAACGUAGAAUUGGUUACUGACGACGUAGAAAAGGCAGUUGCAAGAGUCAGACUCGAUCAACCUGGAUUUGAUUCAUUGAAAGAAGAACUUGGACCUUCUCGGGAUACCUCCCUUCGUCGAGAUGCCACAAUGGAUCCGAAAAUGGACCCGGAUUGGGAGGAACCGGACAGGAUGAAGGAAUCCGAAUCUGUCGAAGAUCUUAGCACCCCGGGUACGAUAAUCACUACCAAACGAACAACCGGAGAGCACCGCACGAUCACAAAUGGCACUAUACCGAAUGGAACAUCAACCCCGAUAAAAGAUAAAUAUGCCAGUGACGAGAAGGAACUCGGGGAUAUGAUGGCUGACUUCCUUGCACACAAAUGCCACGUUUCCGAUACGAUGACGAAAAAAUCUAAGGAUGACAACGACGACGACAAUAUAAAACGACAGAGAGUAAUAGCUGAUGCCAACAAAUUAGUUUCUGGUGUAAUACAAGACGCAGAGAGAAAGAAGGAGAGGUUAGCGGAAGGGUGGUCGGUGGUUAAUGAUGAUGAUGAUGUGCAGGAAAAUAAAGAGGCGGAAGGUGCUGUAGGGCCACGAGUAACUCGGACAGAUAAUAUUGUUACCGUUCAGGGAAAAGAUCCCAAAUUAGGUCAAACAACCACCGUACACACUUUCAUUCGGAAAGAUAUAGUAGAGCCCACCAUAAUUAAACAACGUCAUGUCGCUGGACCGUCCGUAGACAUCGACAACAGUAAAAUAUCAUCCCCCGCAAAACGCGAAACGGUUAGAAAAGAUGAUUCGAGUUCGGUGAAAAAUGUAUCUGUUAAAACUACAACAUUCACAGAUCAUUAUCCUUCCGUAAUUCGGGAGUCUAACGUACCUGGCGAAUCAAUUAUCACUAAAGAAACGCAUUACUUCGGACCUAGCGAUCCUGUAAUCGGUUCGGGCGCCACGGUUGUAACUGCAGAUCCUAAGGAAUCUGUGUCAAUUUCAACUCGCGAAUCUCAUUCCUCAGGUCAACCAACACAUACCACUACCACUACUACAAUUAUUACGCAAUCGAGUAACUCGCCAAAACCAAUUGUAGGUGUGGAAUCUUCUGGUUCCACUGACAAACCGUCAGACGAGCAUGUACAAAGAGGUAAGGUUGUUAUUUCAGGCGUAGUGAAAGAGAUAGAAUUUAGAUCUGACAAGGUAGUGAAAGAUGGCAAAGACUUAGCCGGCGAUCUUAGGGGUGAAACUGAUCCGAACGAGGGUCCUAUAAAGAGCAUCGCGAAAAUUUACGACGACGCCGAUACGAUGCUGUCCCAUGUCAGCAAGGACGUCGCCAGUGAAAAAGAAAGAUUGGCGAACGAGGGUAAAGAAAUCGACGAAAAAUUAGCAGCGAUCGCGGAUCAAGCGGCCGAUGAUCUCCAGCAUAAACCGAAAGAGAUCAAAGGUAUUCUUAAAAUCGAGGCCAAGAAAAUCGACACAACGAUGGUCAAAGAUAAACCACAGGAAGAUCCGAAAGCAUCGGCCUAUGAAGUGAUUUAUAACGUGCAACAGACGGUCGAAGAUGCCAAAGAAAAAGGCGAAAAGGACUCAAAAAAAUUGAAGGAUAAGUCCGGCGGAAUAUUUUCAGGAAUCUUCAAAACACCUAAACUGAAGAAAGGAAGAUCUAAGGACUCUAAAGAUUUGUCAUUCGACAGUGGGGAUGAAGAUACUAAAAAUUCGACGCUCAAAUUCCUUGAAGAUACGAGAAGAACGGCCGACAGAGCAUACGAACCAGAACGCGUCCCCAGUCCAGCUUAUCAACCUUCCGCUCCAGUCGAUGACCAGGAAAAUGACGCCCUCAGAAACAUCAAACUGUCUACAGCCCAGUUUCUUGACGAUACAAGAAGAACUGCUGAGACCUUCGGCAGACAACCGGUGGAAAUAAUUCAAGUUACCACGAACGUCACAGGUGGAUAUGAUACCGUCAAAGUGGAUAGUCAAAAAGAUCUCAAACCACCCCCUAUUCCUCCUCGUUCCUCAACUGCGGAGGCGAAGAAAACCAAGGAGGUCAUCACAGUAACCAGUCCGGAGAAAGCAAAAUCUUUGGAGGAUAAGACUAAACAUGUCGUCUCAACUAUUACGGUCACUGAAAAAAAUUGGACGGGACAAGACGUCACCGGUAUUGCGAAAGAUAAACCCGUCGAUGCAGUCAAAGCAUCGACUCUACCCGAUGAUAAGAGUAAACCUACCAAAGUAAUAAAGGAAUCGACCGAACACGUCACCACUGAAGUAAUAGACGCUAAAAACAAAGCGAGUCCGGUUGCUAAAAAAGUUACCGAAAAUGUGAAAGACCUUAGCGAAGAAGCUAAAGAUAAAGGAAGCGGUUUCUUCGGAAUAUUCAAAAGUCCCAAGUCCAAGGACAAAAGGAGAAGCAAAUCAAAGGACAAGGGAUCCUCGAAAGAAACAUCCUUCGACAGCGGUGACGAAGAACUGAGGAUUACGACUGCCAGAUUCUUGGAUGAUACAAGAAAAGCUGCCGAUCAAAGAAGAGAUUCGGCAAGUCCACCGGUAUCGCAUCCACAAGUAACGGUGGACGAUAAAAUAAAUAGAUUCGUUGACAACGUCCAUUAUGAAUUUGAUACACCAAAAGACAAGAUCAAAGGAACAUUUUACGACGUGAAAGCGGCUGCGGAUAAAAUUGACGGUGGUUUACAGAAGACCGUUUCAGGCGAAGUACAAAAAGUUUCAGAUAAGACAGCGGAAAAUCUAUCGACCGCUACGGCUGGUAUUAUUUCUACGAUCGCCAGCGUAGCUGUUGCCGGUGACGCUGUUAAAUCUGACGUUAAAACGGCAAGUGACGCAGCUGUCGACAAGGCUAAAGACGCCGGAGAUAAGAUCGUAACAACUGUGCGUAAAGAUAUCGAAGUUAUUCAAGAGACGAUUCCAACGGAAAUACGCAGUAUCAAUGACCAAAUAACCACAGCUGAACAAGAUCUUCAGAAAACUUUCCAUGACAUCGACGUAUCAAUCGCGGAUAGCGGCAGACGUAAAUUUAAUAAUGGUAAAAAUUUUACGGAACGAGCAUCCGUUGAAAUACAAAAAGAUGUUAAGGCGGUAACGGAGCCCGUUAUAGCCGGUGAGAAGAAGGUGACGAAAACAGUUGAAACAUUAUCACAGGAAUUGGACGAUGAUCUCAAAGAUGUGUCUGAUGAAAUCAAAGAAAAAAGUGGUGGCUUCUUCGGGAUUUUCAGGAGUCCAAAGUCGAAGAGUAAGAAGAGAGGGAAAUCGAAGGACAAGGACUCCAAAGAAGCCUCGUUCGACAGUGGAGAUGAAGAGCUGAGAAUAGCGACCGAAAAAUUCCUUCAAGAUACGAGGAAAACAGCAGAUAGCCGUUUUGUGAACGAUUCCACCAUUCCUACCAUAGCCGUAGUUGGUAGUACACCCACGGGUUCUAUUGAUCGCCGGGAACAGAAAAUCGCUCCGACGAUCAUUGAGGACACCAAGAAUUUGAAGGGUAAGGUUGAAAUACCAACGGCGCAGAAAGAUAUAACAACGAUCUCUGAAAAAGAGACCGAAGAAGUAAAAGAGGCCAAGGAAACAGGGUCAGGACUUUUGUCGGGAAUAUUGAAGGAGGUAACGGAAGAUGUCAAAGAAUUUUGGGAUGGAAGCAAAAAAGAAGCUGAGCAAGAAGAAGAAAAAACGAAGCGUUUACAUCAGGAGAAUAUUGCAAGCAAAGAACCCCAAAAAGUUAUAUCAACUACUACCACAGUAAUUACAAGAGAGAUUACAGAACGCCAAAAUAAUGGAAUUAAGGAAAUCAGUAGUGCCCAACCGAAAUCUGAUGUUCAAUCUUCAGUGACAACUGGCAGACAUCCAGAAUUGGGCAUUCGAGUUAUCGAAAGAAGGGAGUAUACUUCCAAGACAGACACUAAGCCGAAACCAGAUGAACAGGCUUUGUCAACAAAGCUUGGAUCACCUGAAAAGGAAGUCAAGGAUCGCAAGUCAGAAGUUAGUGUUGAGAAAUCGACAGAAUCAGAAGACGAUAGCACUAAGGAGAAAGGAGGCGGGUUUUUCGGAAUUUUCAAAAGCCCAAAAUCCAAGAGUAAAAGACGAUCAAAGUCGAAACAGUCGUCUCGUGAAGCUUCCGUUGACAGCGCUGACGAGGAUCUCAGAUUGGCCACAGCUUCGUUUUUGGCUGACAUGAAAACUGCUGCGGAAACUGCACACGUAAGUCCACCUCCACUUAUAAAGGAAGUCGAGACUAACAUCGAGCAAGUAAAACCAGACGCAGUUGAUUUGAAAUUUGCUACUACCCAAUUUUUGGAUGACACUAGAAAAGCUAGCGAAGAUAUUGGCAUUAUUGGAGGACAAUUCUCUAAAGAUCAAAAAUCGGUCACUCCUCCGAAGAAAGAAUUAUCUUCACAGACCACGAAAACUGUCCAUACCGUGACAAUUUCAGGAUCUAAGGCUCCCAAGGAAACCGAAAAUCUGAACGAGAAGAGCGGUUUCAUCUCUGGACUCUUGACGGGAACUAAACAGACUAUUGGUGAAGUAUCAGAUGAUAUUAAAGAUCACUUCAAAGAGGUACCCAAACAAGUAAAAGACGGAGAACAACUGGUGAAAAGUACAGCUCAAGAAACAUCGAAAAAUAUCGUCGACGCUAAGAAUAAUGUUGUACAAAACGUCGGCGAUUUAGAAGUACAAUUGACAGAGGCGAUAGACCGUGAUUCGAAAGCACUCCUCAAGGCUUCUAAAGACGCGAAAGAUGAAACGCAGCAGAAGUUGGCUGCCGAUAUCGGAGCUGUAUCUAAAACUGCUCAAGAUGCACGUGCAAAGGUCUCCCAAGAGGGCAAGAAAUUGGCUGACGAUGUCGAAGAUGGUGCGAAAAAGAUUAUUGAAACAACCACUUCUGUUAAAGAUGGAAUUGAACAAAAAACAAAACAAGGAAUUGAUGCUGCGAAAGACAAGGCAGCAGCCGCAGAUGAUGCCGUAACUGAGGCUAUCGACGAGACCAGCGACAAAGCUGCUAAAAAAGCGAAGAAAGCCAAACAAAAAGGUAGCCGAUUUUUGUCGGGUAUAUUCAAAAGUUCGAAGAAUUCGAUCGAUGAAGUCAAAGAUGAUGUUGGAAAAUUGGUCGAUGAUUCGAAGAGAGCAACAGAAGAAGGAGUAGAGAACGCGAAACGGGCCGCUCAAGAAGUAGCCGGCAAAAUAAAAGAUACCGCAGAUGAAGCAGCAGAUAGCGCCCAAAAAACCAAAGAUAAAAUAUCCCAGGAAAUCAAAGAGGAUUCACAAAAAAUUGCAGAUGCAUCUAAGGCUGCCAAAGACAAAGCUAAAGAGAAGUUAACUACGGGUGCCGAAAUUGUGUCAGACACUACGAAAGGUGCCGCUGAUAAAGUUUCCAAAGGUGCUACAGACGUCUUCAAAGCAGUUAAAGAUGGCACAGAAACAAUGGUUACAAAAUCCGUCGAAGCCAAGGACAAGGUGGGUGCAGAAAUCAAAGACGAUGCUAAAAUCGUUAAAGAUAAGUUGUCAUCGGCAGCUGAUUCUGUAGCAACUACCGCUGGAGCUGCAAAAGACAAAACAACUAAAGAAGCGAAGAAGGCCAAGGAGAAGACCAGCGGAUUUUUGUCAGGUAUCUUCAAAGGUGCGAAACAAUCCGUUGAAGAAGUUAAAGCAGACGCAGGUGAUUUUCUUGAGGAGACCAAGAGAGAAGAGGAACGUGCUCGUCGCGCUGCUGAAGAAGCAUCUGAGAAAGUUAAGAAUGUCAAAGACGAGGUUCUAGAUGGUACGAGAAAUACGACUGCUCAACUAAAGCAGGAAAUUUCGGAAGACUCCAAAAAAGUUGUCGACGCUGCUAAAAACGCAAAGGACAAAGUCAAGGAGAAAAUUAACGCAGGUGCUGAUGUCGUGACUGAUAUCGCUGAAGACGCAACUAACAAGGUCUCCAAAGGAACAAUGGGCAUAAUUGAAAAAGCCAAAGGUAGCACCGAAGAAGCUAUCACAAAAUCAAAGGACGUCAAGGAUAAGAUCGGUAAAGAAGUUGAAACAGACGUAACGUUGAUCAAAGACGGAUUAGCCUCUGCAGCUGAUGCUGCGGUAGACACUGCUGCAGCCACGAAAGAUAAAACUGCUAAGGAAAUCAAAAAAGCCAAAGACAAAAGCGGUGGAUUUUUGUCCGGUAUAUUCAAAACUGCUAAGCACGCGGCUGAUGAAGUCAAAGGAGAUGUCGGUGAGUUCCUCGAAGAAACGAAGAAAGAAGCUCAUGAUGAAGAAGAACGUGCGAGACGUGCCGCCCAAGAGGCAUCAGCAGAACUGAGCAAAACCAAAGACAAAAUUGUAGAUGAUGCGAAAAACGUGCAAGAUAAAAUCUCAGGAAAAGUCAUCGGGGAAACGCAGAAGCUCGUUGACGCUUCCGUUAGUGCGAAAGACAAGGCUAAAGAACAAUUGGCCGCUGGCGUUGACGCUGUCGUCGAUACCACCAAGGACGGUGCUGAUAAGGUUUCGAAGGGAACCGCAGAAUUGAUCGACAAAACCAAACAAGGUGCAAACAUUGUCGUUGAGAAAACUACGGACUUGAAAGAUAAGGCGGCUAAAGAAAUCAAAGAUGACAUUGAAGUAGUUAAGGAUAACAUAGCUUCCGCGACACAUGCUGUUGCUGAUACUGCUUCAUCAGCUAAGGACAAAACAACAAAGGAAGUAAAAGAAGCUAAAGAAAAAGGAGUUGGAUUCUUCUCUGGUAUUUUCAAAGGUGCCAAGGAUACCGUUGAUGACGUCAAAGAAGAUGUUGGAGAGCUACUGGACGAGACGAAAAAGAAAGCUGAGGAGAAGAAAAAGCAUGCGAAGCAUGCUGCCGAACAAGUAUCCGCAGAAAUCAAGGAUACUAAAGACAAAGUUGUUAGUGAUGCAGAAGAGCUUCAGGCCAAAUUAUCUCGGAAAGUGAGUGAAGAUUCCAAAAAACUGGCUGAUGCAGCUGAAGGCGCAAAAAAUAAGACGAAAGAACAAGUGGCUGCUGGGGUCGAUGUUGUUGUCGAUACUACCAGGGAUGCCACCAAAAAAGUUUCUGACGAAUCUGCCAAGCUAGCUGAUAAAGUGAAGCAAAGUGUAGUCGAAGUCGGAGAGAAGACUCAAGAAGUCAAAGGUAAGGCAGAAAAGAAAAUCAAGGACGAUGCCAAAAUUGUCGAAGAUAACAUAGCAUCAGCAGCUGGUGCUGUUGCUGAUGGUGUCACGUCAGCCAAGAAUAAAACUGCGAAGGAAGCAAAGAAGGCGAAGGACAAAGGCAGUGGGUUCUUAUCUGGCAUUUUCAAAGGAGCUAAGCACGCCGUUGACGAGGUGAAAGAAGACGUCGGUGAGUUCAUUGAGGAAACCAAGAAAGAGGCCGUAACGGAAGAAGAAAAAGCCAAACGUGCCGCUCAGGAAGCUGCCGAUAACAUCAGAGGAGUCAAGAGCGAAGUUUCAGAUGCUGCACAAAAUGUUAAAACCAAAAUAUCUUCAGAAAUUACUGACGAGUCGAAAAAGCUUUCUGACAAAGCUAGAGAAGUGAAAGAUCAGGCAAAAGAAAAAUUCAAUACUGGUGCAGAAGCUAUAUCUGAUACUACAGAAGCAGUAGCUAGGAAAAUAUCAAAAGAAGGACACGAUCUUGCUGCAAUGGCAAAGGAUGGCUCACAAUCGAUCGUUAAAAAAUCUAAGGAUGCCAAAGAUAAGGUGGGUAAGAAAAUUACGGAGGAUACCAAAGCUGUGAAAGACAAAUUGUCUUCUGCAGCUGAUGCAACAGCUGAUGCAACGGAAGCAGCAAUUGAUAAAACUGCUGCUGAGGUCAAAAAAGCGAAGGAGAAGACCGGUGGAUUUUUGUCUGGCAUUUUCAAGGGCGCCAAACACGCUGCUGAUGAAGUGAAAGCGGAUGCUGGAGAUUUUCUGGAGGAAACAAGGAAAGAGGAAGAACGUGCUAGACGUGCUGCGGAUGAAGCGUCUAAACAACUGGAAAAUAUCAAAGAUGAAGUUGUAGAUGAUGCGAAAGAUGCAACCUCGAAAAUUACCCAACAAAUCUCUGAUGACUCUAAAAAAAUUGUGGACGCCGCCAAGAGCGCGAAAGAUAAAACGGCGGAACAAAUAAGUUCCGGUGCUGACAAAAUUUCUGGUGCCACAAAAACUGCAGCCGACAAAGUUUCCAAAGAAGCGUCAGAACUGGUCGAAAAAACUAAAGAUGGAGUACAAUCAAUUGCCGAAAAAUCUAAGAGCGUCAAGGAUAAGGUUGGUAAGGAAAUCAAAGAGGAUACCAAAGCUGUGAAAGACAAAUUGUCUUCUGCAGCUGAUGCAACGGCUGAUGCGACGGAAGCAGCGAUUGAUAAAACUGCUGCCGAAGUCAAAAAAGCGAAAGAGAAAACCGGCGGAUUUUUGUCUGGUAUUUUCAAGGGCGCCAAACACGCCGCCGAUGAAGUGCAAGAAGAAGUUGGACACUUCGUUGAUGACACAAAGAAGGAGGCUGAAGCCGAAGCCGAACGCGCUAAAAAAUCAGCAUCGGAAACAUCUGAAAAAGUCAAAGGCAUCAAGGACAAAGUCGUCGAUGGUGCCAAGGGUGCCGCAGAGAAGAUAUCUCAAGAGGUAACUGAAGACGCGCAAAAAAUUGCCGACGCUGCCAAGACCGCCAAAGAUAAAACGGCGGAACAAAUAAGUGCCGGUGCUGACAAAAUUUCUGACACUACCAAAACUGCAGCCGACAAAGUUUCCAAAGAAGCGUCGGAACUAGCCGGAAAAACUAAAGAUGGCGUACAAUCAAUUGCCGACAAAUCUAAGAGCAUCAAGGAUAAGGUGGGCAAGGAAAUCAAAGAGGAUACCAAAGCUGUGAAAGACAAAUUGUCUUCUGCAGCUGAUGCAACGGCUGAUGCGACGGAAGCAGCGAUUGAUAAAACUGCUGCUGAGGUCAAAAAAGCGAAGGAGAAGACCGGCGGAUUUUUGUCUGGCAUUUUCAAAGGUGCCAAACACGCUGCUGAUGAGGUGAAAGCGGAUGCUGGAGAUUUUCUAGAAGAAACAAGGAAAGAGGAGGAACGCGCUAGGCGUGCUGCUGAAGAAGCGUCUAAAAAAAUAAGCGAUACGAAAAAGCAAGUUGUGGGCGAUAUAACGGACGCGACAACUAAAAUCUCUGAAGAUGUUACUGUGGGUUCCCAAAAAAUCGCAGACUCGUCCAAGGAUGCGAUAGAUAAGACAAAAGAAAAAUUACAUGCUGGAGCAGAAAUCAUUGCUGAUACCACAAAAGCAGCAGCUGAUAAGGUAUCCCAUGAAGCUUCCGUAGCUGCUGGUAAGGCUAAGGACGGCACCGGGUCAAUAAUUGAGAAAUCCAAAGAUGUCAAAAAUCAAGUGGGCAAAGAAAUUAAGGAUGACGUUAAAACUGUCAAGGAAAAAUUAGCUUCAACGGCGGAAGCUGUCGCUGAUACUGCCUCUGCUGCUCAAGACAAAACGACACAGGAAUUAAAAACGGCUAAGGAAAAAACCGGUGGAUUUUUAUCUGGCAUAUUCAAAGGCGCGAAACACGCUGUUGGAGAAGCUAAGGAUGAUGUUGAAGAAUUCUUCGAAGGGACCAAGAAAGAAGCCGAAUCCGAAGCUGAUCGUGCGAAAAAAGCGGCACAGGACGCUUCUGAACAUGUCAAAGAUGUCAAAGACAAGGCUCUUGAUGGUGUAAAAGAUGCGUCAGCCAAAUUCUCCCAGGGAAUAGCUGAAAAUUCUGAAAAGCUUUCCGUCGCAUCAAAGACAGCAAAAGAUCAGGUGAAAGAAAAAUUAGACGAUGGUGUUACGGCUGCAUCUGAUACCGCAAAAGCUGCCGCUGAUAAAGUUUCUAAGGGAGCUACCGGUCUUGUUGAUAAAACAAAGGAUAGUAAAGAUAAGGUGGGUAAGGAAAUAAAGAAAGAUGUAAAAAUAGUUGAAGAGAAAUUGAGUUCAGCUACUGAUGCUGUUGUGGAUACGGCAGUAUCUGCCAAAGAUAAAACUGCAGAUGAAGUGAAAAAGGCCAAGGAAAAGAGCGGCGGAUUUUUGUCCGGUAUUCUUAAAGGCGCUAAGCAUGUGGUCGAUGAAGUCAAAGAAGACGUUGGAGAAUUUUUCGACGAUACGAAGAAAGAGGCGGAAGCGGAAGCGGAGCGUGCCGGUAAAGCUGCAAAAGAAGCAUCCGAUAAGAUCAAAGAUAAAAAAGACAAGGUCGCGGAAAGUGUGAAAGACACUACCUCAAAGGUGACACAUGAGAUCAAAGAGGAUUCACAAAAGAUUGCGGAUGCUGCUAGAAGUGCCAAGGAUAAAACUAAGGAAAAAGUAGACGCAGGUGUCGCGGUCGUGUCUGAUGCCACCAAAUCUGUAUCCGACAAAGUUUCUGGAAAAGCUGAAGAAAUUGCCAAUCGAGUUAAGGAUGGCAAGGAGGAAGUUGUCCAAACGUCCAAAGAACUCACGACCAAAGUUGGUAAAGAACUGAAAGAUGACGCUGAACUUAUCAAAGAUAAGUUCGUAUCAGCCACCGAUGAUGCGGGAAAUAAAGUUGAGGCUGUCGCUGACAAAGCUGCGAAGGAAUCCAAAAAGGCGAAGGAAAAAGGAGGGCGCUUUUUAUCCGGAAUUUUCAAAGGAGCGAAACAAACGGUCGACGAUGUUAAAGAUGAUGCUGGUAAAUUCCUGGAAGAGACAAAAAGGGAAGAAGAGCGAGCUAAACGUACUCUGGAGGAGACAUCCAAAAAAGUUCAAGACGGAGCAGCAGCUGAUCUCAAGGAUGUUGAGGCUAAGAUCGCUGAGGGAAUAGCUGAGGAUUCUGAGAAGCUUAAAAACGCAGCCAAGAGUGCCCAGGAAAAAACGAAGCAGCAAUUAACGGCUGGAAUCGAAGUUUGCACCGAUAACGUCAAAGCUGCAGCAGACAAAGUUUCUAAGGAAACUACAGCACUCGCUGACAAGGCUAAAGAAGGCAAGGACAAAGCGGGAAAGAAAAUCAAGGAAGAGGCCCAACUGGUCAAAGACAAUGUAGUUUCAGCGGUGGAUACCGCUGCCGAUACCGCCGCAUCUGCUAAAGACAAAACAAUACAGGAGGCGAAAAAAGCUAAGGAUAAAACUGGCGGAUUCUUAUCAGGAAUUUUCAAAGGUGCCAAACAUGCAGUCGAUGAAGUCAAAGAAGAAGUAGGAGAGUUUCUGGAUGAUACAAAAAAAGAGGCCGAAUCAGAAGCAGAAAAAGCCAAACGCAGUGCUCACGAAACAUCUGAAAAUGUCAAAGACAUCAAAGAUAAGAUAGUAGCAGGAACGAAAGAUACUAUUGCUGAAGUAUCCCAAGAAGUUUCUGAAGAUUCCAAGAAGCUUUCAGAUGCUGCUAAGGCUGCAAAAGCCAAAACGGCUGAGAAACUUAACGCAGGUAUAGAAGUUGUGACUGACACCACUAAAUCAGCAAGUGAUGGAGUUAAGAAAGGAACUGCGGAGCUUGUUGGAAAGGUGAAAGAUGGCACCGAAGCGGUUGUGGAAACGUCUAAGGACCUCAAAGAUAAGAUUGGUAAAGAAAUUACUGAUGAUGUUGAAGCGGCGAAAAACAAAGUAGCUUCAGCAGCUGAUUCCGUCGCUGAUGUUGCCACAUCUGCUAAAGAAAAGACCGCCCAGGAUGUCAAAAAGGCGAAGGAAAAGGGCAGCGGAUUUUUGUCCGGUAUUUUCAAAGGUGUGAAACAUGCUGCCGACGAAGUGAAGGAAGACGUCAGCGACUUUGUCGAUGACACGAAGAAGGAGGCUGAAGCCGAAGCCGAACGCGCUAAAAAAUCAGCGUCGGAAACGUCUGAAAAAGUCAAAGGCAUCAAGGACAAAGUCGUCGAUGGUGCCAAGGGUGCCGCAGAGAAAAUAUCUCAAGAGGUAACUGAAGACGCGCAAAAAAUUGCGGACGCUGCCAAGACCGCCAAAGAUAAAACGACGGAACAAAUAAGUGCCGGUGCUGACAAAAUUUCUGACACUACCAAAACUGCAGCCGACAAAGUUUCCAAAGAAGCGUCGGAACUAGCCGGAAAAACUAAAGAUGGCGUACAAUCAAUGGCCGACAAAUCUAAGAGCAUCAAGGAUAAGGUGGGCAGGGAAAUCAAAGAGGAUACCAAAGCUGUGAAAGACAAAUUGUCUUCUGCAGCUGAUGCAACGGCUGAUGCGACUGAAGCAGCGAUUGAUAAAACUGCUGCCGAAGUCAAAAAAGCAAAAGAGAAGACCGGCGGAUUUUUGUCUGGCAUUUUCAAGGGCGCCAAACACGCUACUGAUGAGGUGAAAGCGGAUGCUGGAGAUUUUCUGGAGGAAACAAGGAAAGAGGAGGAACGCGCUAGGCGUGCUGCUGAAGAAGCGUCUAAACAACUGAAAAAUAUCAAAGAUGAAGUUGUAGAUGAUGCAAAAGAUGCAACCUCAAAAAUUACCCAACAAAUCUCUGAUGACUCUAAGAAAAUUGUGGACGCUUCCAAAAGCGCAAAAGACAAAGCCGUAGAUAAAUUACAUACCGGCAUUGAAGGCAUCUCGGAUACGACCAAAGCAGCCGCCGACAAAGUCUCCGAAAAAACUUCUGAACUUGUUGGUAAAGUCGAAGAUAACGCAGAAGCAGCUAUCAAGAAAUCUAAAGAUGCAAAAGACAAAGUUGGCAAGGAAAUCAAAGACGAAGUGAAAGUCGCUAAAGACAAAUUAGUCGGUGCCGCCGACGCAGUUGCCGAUACCGCAGAAUCUGUCAAGAACAAAACUGCUAAGGAAGCCAAAAAAGCCAAAGAAAAGAGCAGUGGAUUUUUCUCCGGUAUAUUCAAAGGUACAAAGCACGCCGUCGAUGGUGCCAAAGAUGAUAUUGAAGAUCUUGUUGAAGGUGCGAAGAAAAAUGCAGAAGAAAAGGGUGAGCGCGUCAAAGUUGCCGCUCAAGACACGUCCGAAAAAAUUAAAGAUGCGGCCAGCAAGGUUUCGCAGGAAAUAUCCGAAGAGUCUAAAAAACUUUCAGAUGCGUCCAAAAACAUUAAGGAUAAAGCCGAAGAAAAGUUGGUGGCUGGUGCUGGAAUCGUUUCGGACACCACCAAAUCUGCGGCUGAUCAAGUUUCUAAAACGACCGCAGACCUCACCGAAAAAGCUAAAGACGGUGCACAAUCGAUCGUUGAAAAGUCCAAGGACAUCAAGGACGAGGCAAGCAAGGGAAUCAAAGAUAACGUCGAAGUAAUCAAGGACAAAUUAACUUCGACGGCCGAUGCUGUCGCGGAUUCCGCUACAUCUGCUAAAGAUAAAACAACGCAGGAAGCCAAAAAAGCUAAAGAGAAGACCAGUGGAUUCCUGUCCGGUAUUUUCAAGGGCGCUAAACACGCGGUUGAUGAGGUCAAAGAAGAAGUCGGAGAGUUUUUGGAUGACACGAAGAAAGAAGCGGAGUCAGAAGCGGAUCGUGCUAAACGCACUGCUCAUGAAACUUCCGAAAAAAUAAAAGACGUAAAAGAUCAAGUUGUAGAUGGUGCCAAAGAAGCAACAGCUAAGGUAUCACAAGAAAUAACAGAGGAUUCCAAAAAAUUGUCCGAAGCAUCUACGAAACUGAAAGAUAAAACGAAGAAAAAACUCACGGUCGGUUUCGAAACUGUGUCUCAUACCACCAGCGAUGCAGCAGAUAAGGUUUCCGAGGGCGCCUCAAAACUCGCCCAAAAGACCCGAGAUACUGCGGAAACAGUUCUGGACAAAUCUAAGGACGUCAAGGACCAAGUGGGCAAGGAAAUCAAGGAUGAUACCAAGGUGGUGAAGGACAAAUUGACUUCUGCAGGUGAUGCUGUCUCCGACGCUGCAGAUGCUGUGAUCGAAAAAUCGGCGAAAGAAGCCAAAAAGGCGAAAGAAAAAAGCAGUGGAUUUUUGUCCGGUAUAUUCAAAGGGUCCAAACAUGCUGUUGACGAGGUGAAAGCGGACGCUUCUGGUUUCUUAGACGAGAUGAAAAAGGAGGAGGAGCGCGCCAGACUUGCUGGUCAAGAAGCAUCCGACAAAUUGAAACAAGUUGCUGAGGACGUCAAAGCCGGCGCUUCAACUGCAGAAGAUGAGCUAUCGCGGAAGGUUGAAGAAGAAUCCAAGAAACUUGUGGACGCAUCUAAAGAUGUCAAGGAUAAAACCAAAUCGAAAAUUGCUGCCGGUGUCGAUGUCGUUUCCGAUACGACCAAACAGGCUGUAGAUAAGGUUUCCGCAGAGGCUGCAAAUCUUGCUGCAGAGGUUGAAGAUGGCGCAGGAAAAAUCGUUCAAAAAUCCAAGAAGACCAAGGAUAAAAUUGGCAAGGAAAUCAAAGACGAUGCUAAGAUUGUCGGAGAUACCGUAGUCUCGACCGUUGACACAGUAGUGGACACCACUCAAGCUGCCAAAGAUAAAACCAUAAAGGAAGCCAAAAAAGCUAAGGAGAAGGGCAGUGGAUUUUUAUCCGGUAUUUUCAAAGGCGCUAAGCACGCCGUCGAUGAGGUCAAAGAGGAUGUUAGCGAAUUCCUUGACGAAACCAAAAAGGAGGCUAAGGAAGAGGAAGAACGUGCGAGACGGGCUGCCGAGAAAGCGUCGGAGGACGUUAAAGAUGUCAAAGAAAAGCUGUCACAGCAAGCCUCCGACGGUGCGCAAAAAAUUUCAGACGCUGCCAAGGGAGCGACAGACAGAACUAAGGAAACGGUGAUGUCUGGCGCCACAGCUGUGUCCAGUGCAACGAAAACUGCGGGCGAGAAAAUUUCCAAAGGAGCCACGGAUCUUGCUGAAAAAUUGAAAGAUGAUACGGAAACGAUUGUUGAAAAAUCGAAGGAGCUCAAGGACAAGAUUGGCCAGGAAAUCAAGGAAGACGCGGCUACUGCAAAGGACAAGUUGACCUCAGCAGCCGACACGGUUGCCGGUACUGCUGAAUCUGCCAAGGACAAAACUGCGAAGGAAGCCAAGAAAGUCAAAGAAAAGGGUAGUGGAUUUUUCUCUGGCAUUUUCAAAGGCGCGAAACAUUCGGUUGGUGAAGCCAAGGAAGAUGUCGAGGAGUUCCUUGAUGGCAAGAAGAAGGAGGUGGAAUCGGAAAAAGAGCGUGCGAAGCGCACGGCAAAAGAAACAUCUGAAAAAAUCAAGGAAGCCAGCGGACGAGUUGCAGAUGCCGCGGACACUUUGAAAACUCAAAUAUCACAAGAAAUCGAAGAAGAUUCGAAAAAAAUUGCCGAAAUGUCCAAGAGCGCCGGAGAAAAAACUAAAGAACAACUCGAUGCCGGCGUUGCAGCGGUCUCCGAUACUGCUAAAGCCGUAACUGAUAAGGUAUCCAAAGAAAGUUCGGAUCUUGUCGGCAAGGCUAAGGAUGGCGCACGAAACAUCGCAGAAAAGUCUAAGGACGCGAAGGAUAAGGUUGGCAAGGAGAUUAAAGACGACGUUCAAGUGACUAAGGAAAAAAUAGCUUCCGCGGUUGAUGCUGUCGGUGAUUCUGCUGCUUCAGCCAAAGAUAAAACCGUGCAAGAGGCGAAAAAAGCUAAAGAAAAAGGCAGCGGAUUUUUGUCAGGUAUUUUCAAAGGGGCCAAACACGCCGUUGACGAGGUGAAAGAAGAUAUCAGUGAAUUCAUUGAAGAAACUAAAAAAGAAGCCGAAACCGAAGAAGAGAAAGCCAAACGUGCUGCGCAGGAAGCAGCCGAUAACGUGAAAGGAGUGAAAACCGAUAUCACGAAUGCUGCACAAAAUUUGAAAGCUGAAGUAUCCGCGGAAGUAUCUGCAGGUUCCAAAAAGAUUUCUGAUGCAGCUGAAAGUGCCAAAGACAAAACGAAAGGAGAAAUCGGUGCUGGUGUAAAAGUCAUCUCUGAUUCUACCAAAGCUGCAGCUGAUAAGGUCUCCAAAGAGGCUUCUGAGCUCGCCAAAAAAGCUGGGGAUACCACGGAGUCGGUUAUUACGAAAUCCAAGGAGGUCCAGGACAAAGUGGGCAAGCAAAUCAAAGAUGACAUCGAAGUGGCUGAAGACAAGUUGACAUCAGCCGCUGACACUGUUGGUGAAACAGCCGCAUCUGCCAAAGACAAAACAACGCAAGGAGCCAAAAAAGCUAAGGAAAAGAGCGGCGGAUUUUUGUCUGGCAUCAUCAAAGGUGCGAAACAUGCCGUAGAAGAAGUUAAAGAAGACAUCGAAGAAUUCUUGGAAGAUACAAAGAAAGAGGCGGAUUCGGAGGCCGAAAAAGCUAAACGAGCCGCGCACGAGACAUCCGAAAAAGUGAAGGACAUCAAGGAUCAAAUUAUUGAUGGGACGAAGGACGCAGGUGAGAAAGUAUCGCAAGAAAUAGCCAAAGAUACCGAGAAGAUCGUCGACGCCGCUAAAAAGGCGAAAGACAAAACAAAGGAGACGGUGGUUGCUGGCGCUGAAGUUGUAUCCGAUACGACUAAAGCUGCAGCAGAUAAAGUUUCCAAAGGAGGAUCUGCCGUUGUCGAAAAGGCUAAGGAUGUCAAGGAUAAGGUCGGCAAGGAGAUGAAGAAAGAUGUAAAAGUGGUUGAAGAGAAACUGAGUUCAGCAGCUGACGAUGUCGCUGACAGCGCGGUAGCAGCUAAAGACAAGACCGUUCAAGAAGCUAAAAAGGCCAAGGAUAAGACCGGUGGAUUUUUAUCGGGCAUUUUCAAAAGCGGCAAACAGUCAGUCGACGAAAUUAAAGCUGACGUAGGGGAAUUUUACGACGAAACUAAGAAGGAGGCUGAGGCUGCAGGGGAGCACGCGAGGCUGGCCGCAGAUGAAACGUCUGAAAACUUGAAACAAAUCAAAGACAAAGUUGUCGAUGGCACUACAGAUGCAGCCACUCAAUUAUCACAAGAGGUCGCCGAGGGAUCUGAAAAAAUAUCGGACGCUUCUAAGAGUGUAAAGGAUAAGGCGAAAACCAAGUUAACGAGUGGAUUCAAAACCAUUUCCGACACUACAACCGCCGCGGCGGAAAAAGUGUCACAGGGUGCCACAGUUGCUGCAGAAAAAGUGAAACAUGGUACAGAAGAGGUUUUAACGAAAUCGAAACAAGCCACAGACAAGGCUAGCAAAGAAGUUAAGGAUGGGGUGCAAGUUGUUAAGGAUGAAACAACAGCGGUUGGCGUUGCCAUAUCGAAUACUGCCGAAGCUUCUGCAGAGAAAGUUUCGAAAGCAGCAAAAAAAGGAAAAGAAAAGGGUAGCAAAUUACUAUCCGGUAUUUUCAAGGGUUCGAAAGACUCGGCGAGUGGUUCCGGAUCAUUCGACAAACACAAAGAAACUGAAUCAAAAGUAUCCGACGCAUCUGCACAGCAGAAGCAGGGCUCACCGGAUAUCCCCGAAUCAAUUUCUGACGCCAAAUUGGCGACCAUGAUGUUUUUGGCGGACACAAGAGGUGUCGCGGAACCUUACGUUCCCGAAAGAGCAGCUCAGAGCUAUCCAGACUCCGCUUCAAGUUCGGCGCGAAGUUCGUUGGACCGCGACGCGUCCUUAGGUGAAGAAAAAAAGUCUAAAAAGAGGAAGGGUGGCGUAAUAUCGAGCAUCGUUAAGGGUGCUAAGUCGGCGACUCAUAAAAUUGCGAAGGAAGUAGACAAAACUGCGGUAGGUCUGAAAGAUGCUACCGGAAAAUUCUGGGAAGAAACUAAGAGAGAAUCGGACGAUACUUUGGCUUCGGGAAGCUACGACGUUUCGUCCGCGUCCGUCGAGUCGGAUAGAACUCCGGCGAUCGACCAAAGUCCGAGUAGUCGUGAAUAUUUCGUUGAUAAAUCAAAGCGAGUCGAGAGGAUAGGCGACGACGAUGAUAAUUCGAUAAAAACAACCGUUAGCGAAAGUAAAGGUAAAUUAGUUUCACGCAUUCCACAAAAAAUUAGCCCGACAAGGGAUACGAAAAAUAUUCCGCUAGAUAGCUCAGAUAGAUUAGUAGCAGGGGUGUCGAGCAGGCUAGAGCACCUAGAGCCUCGCACGCGUCAAACCGUCACCACAGUUGUAACAAAGUCUGUGCGGACGGCAGCAACCCCACCACCCAGCCCCGCCGAGUUCAGUGACAGUAGCAUUAAAGAUGUAACGGAAGAGGCCUCGAGACGAGCUCAAGAUCUAGCUGACCAAUCCAUCGUAUCAUCUGUGACACGACCAGGGCAUGAUUCUGCUGAGAUUGAUGGGACUGUAGAGAGGCAUGCUACUUCUGCCCCGUCAAAGCAACCUGUUCCUGCCCCUCGCCACUCCUCCAAGUUGUCCACCAAAACUGACUUACACCUACAAAUAGAAGAUUCGCAAGCGCCUAAGAGCCCGAAAACUAGAAUACCAGAGCCAACGUCGAAAAUACCGCACAAAUCUCCGGAAGUAUCGAAGAUUCCGUUGAAUUCGCCAAAGUCAAGGACACCGGAGAAAUCGCGAAGCCCCAUCAAGGAAGAUAUGUUCGCUAAAUCGGUCAAAGAACCUCAGAGUCCGAAGAGCAAAAUUCCCGUGAAAGUCAAAGAGACGACCAAAGAUGGAGAGAAAACAACCGUGAAGGAAUUCACCACGGGCGAUGGUACGACAACCGUAACCGAGACCGUUACUACUAAAUUCAUAGAAUCGAAAUUACCCGCUGAUAAGGAUAUUUUGAUCGAUGACAAAACUUCACCUCCUAAAGGCGAAGGGAAAACGAUAACCGAAACUUACAAAACGGUGAGAACGACGAAAAACGAUUACGUCGAACCGAUUUUGGUGAAGGGAGAUAACGUCACCAGGAUGGUAACCACGGUGAAGUCUAGUUCGGGUGAAAGUAUCGAUCCCCAGAAGUUCAGGGAGAAAUUUGAGGACAUUUCGGAUCUGAGGCCAUCCGAUACUUCCGAACAGUUUGAGGAGGUACAAAAAGACGGUACGAUCGUGAGAACGAUCAUAACGCGAAAGAUUCAUUCGGGCGAUAUCGAGGACCCGAACAAAUUGCAGGAGCUUCUGAGGGACGGCGAUGGUUCAAGGACGGUAACGACGGUUCGUACCACGACUGGGGAAGAUCUUGAUCCGGACAUGCUGAACAGUUUGUUGAAAGACGGAGGCCUUAGUACAAAAACUGUGAAAACCAUCACCCGGAGGGUGGUAAAUUCCAACGAAUACGACGUCCAAAGUGAUGCCGACGGGUCUGCGAAUACCGUUUCAGGGUUUACGGCGAGCUCGAAAGUAAGUCCCGCGGAGUUUGACGAACUCCUGAAAAGUGGUGGAAUCAGGAAAACCGUAACAACGGUUCAGUCAACAACGGGAGGAAAAGUAGAUACCGCCGAAUUUGAAGAAUUCCUCAAGUCCGAUUCCCGCACUACGGGAACCGUAAGAUCCGAGUCUGGAAAGGAAUUGUCUCUGGAGGAUUUCGAGAAUCUCUCGAAAGACGACGAGUUUAGGAAGACUUUGACAUCGUUCAGGAGCGAGACGGGUGAUCCUGUCGAUCCGAAACUGUACGAACAGCUGUUGAAAGAUGGAAAGGGCAUAGUGAGAACCGUGACCACGGUAAAAAGUAGCACAGGUGAGCCGAUAGAUCUGCAAAAGUUUGAUUUCAAAGAUGGGAAAACAACGAAAACGGUAACGGUAAGAAGUAGCACGGGAGAGACGAUUGACCCGGAAAAAUUCAAAGAGCUAUUCAAAGAGGGGAACGUUGGAUCCCGAAAAGUAAUCCGAGAAACGAUAAGAACGGUGAAAUCGAGUAGCUCCGAACCCUCGGAGUCGUGGACGGAAACUGUCGUAACAAAAAGGUCCAGUGACGGUAAACCGGAGACUUGGCAAACCGUCGUACAUUCCGGAGACGUGCGUCCGGAGGAAUGGGAGAGCGAAUUACCCUUAGACACAUCUCCUGGCUCUGGUAAUGGUGAUUUUUAUGCAAAGAACGGUGGUUCAAGACGAGAAAUGAACAGCGAAUCGGAUAGCGAUAGUUCACCCCAACCGAGGAGAAGGUCUCCGAGCAAGAGGCGAACGUUAGGCAGUUCUAGUGGAUCAGACGUCGCACUGCACGAAGGUGCGGAACUUUCCCCAUUGGAAGACGACCAAGGUACCUCACUCACAGCUAACCUUCUAAAGGCUGACUUUUUACAACACAACGAGCCCUCGUUCAUGGAAACCACUACGACGGAAGUGAAUCCUGAAACCCAAGAAAGAAUAACCAAAACUACAAGAACUGUGACGGUUUCGGUACCUGUAGCAGGCGGCGCGACUGGCGGUACUGACGUACUUCGAGAAUCUAUGCAAAACAUCGUCGACCAAUUUAUGACCGAAGAGAGACGAGGUCAAUAAAAAACUUAGAGAGAAUAAAGAAAAAAAAAAAACAGAUAAAUAAAAAAUUAAGCAUUAUUCAAGCAAUGUUAUACUCGCAAAAGCUCCACUGUUCUCUGCAUUCGAAAAUGAUACAAAGAAAAAAGAAAUCCAUUCGAUAAUAUCCCACGCAGCUAUAAAUUGAUUCGGGGCAAACAUUUCCGAUUAACAAAAUGGUGGAUUCGAAUCGUUAUAUAUAUCCUCGCAUAACGAAUAGAAUUCAGUGUUUUCUAAUAAAAUUAUAUAGAUACAUUAUUCUACCUAUAUAUAAUGAUUAUAACUAUCUUUCAUUAACGGGAUUGCUGACAGGACUAGCUUUUCCAGUUAGUUUUCGUCAUGCAGAUCGAACGAUCGUGUUAUGUGGUGAUUUUUCGUGAUCGAUUCAUCGAUUUUUUUUUUGUUAUAUUUCACCUAUACAAAUAAUUGAAGUGUUUGCUUCGGUAAAAUGAAUUACAAAAAACAAGAAAAGCUGAGUAGCUACAUAAUUUAUAAUGCAAAUAGAUAUAAUGAUAGUAAGAAAUAACAAAUAUGCAGAAAUACAAAAGUAUAUUAAUAAAGGGGAAAAAAAAUUUAAUCGAAGUGAAUAUAAUUCGUCAAAGUAACUCAAACGUUACGUCAGUCAGUUGACAAUUUUAGCCUUAGAUAAUUACGUCUAUCCAACACGCGUCGCUUGCUAGAAAGUUAUAUAUAUAUAUAAAAUAAAUUUUUUAUAUUAUUAAGAAUGAUUCUAUAUAAGCUUCGGCUUUUGGUGGCGAAAUAAGAGUAAGCUUCACCGCUAUAUAUAUUUAUUAUACGUAAGAUUCUUACAUAAAUAUAUAUAUACAUAUAUAUAUAAAAGAAUGAAAAUACCUUAUCUUGCCAUUUCAUAUAAGUGAUAAUAUAUUAAAAUGAAUUUUUUAAGCACAAUGACGAUAAUGAUCAACGGAGACUCUGGUACGAUGUAAUAAAUAGUUUGUCUUUUUUUUUUUUUUUUCUAUUUUUAUUACUCAUUUUUCUUUUAAUCCACAGACUUUUAUUUAUGGCAAGAAAUGGUAAUUUCUCUUUACCAAUUAUAAUAUUGCAAUGUAAAUUUUAAUUAUUUAAAGAAAAUAAGAAAAGAAAGAAAAAAAAACAAACAAGAAGAAGAAAAAAGCGAGUAUUUCCUAACAAUUUUUAAUUGUGUAUAUUAUUAUAAUUAUUUUCUUAGCCUAUAAUUUAUAUUAUCAUAAAAUUUUGAAUCAUGAAUGGUAAUUAUAGCGUAUGAAAGAAUUGAGGAGACAAAAAUACCUGUUUUAAACCGUCAAAAAUUUUUUGAAGAAUUAGAAAAUGACGUGAAAAUAUUUGACGAUAGGAAAAAGAAAAGAAAAAAAAUUAACGAAUUAUAACUUCGACAAAUAAGUUUAAUUACGCAAAUAAUUGAUAUAUACAUAUUGUGUGAAAUCAUACUGCGGUAUAAUGAAAUAAAAAAUGAAAAAAAUUCAACGACUCAGAAUUUGUCUUAAGUAUUUAUAGGCUAGGUGCAACAUUAGCUUUCAGUGUGUAACACAUUUUAAAAAAGGAAAUAAAGAAGAAAAAAUUAUAUAAUAUAUAUAUUUAGGAAAUCUUCUAGAGUAAAGAUAUUCUAUUAAUAUAUAAUAUAUUAUAUUAUGAAAAAAAGAAAUACAAGAAAAUAAUAGAAGAAAAAUAAAUAAAUAAAUGAGAAAAACAACAACAAAUAUACGAUUAAAAAUUAUUACACGCAGAAUUUAUAAGUUAUUAUCUACAUACAUAUGAGAUACCUUAUGUAUUAUUAUAUCACACAAUAAAUCACUUGCCUACUGGAGCCCAACUUGACGCAAGGACCAAAGGCAGAAAAUCACUCGCUAUAAAAUGUCGAUGUUCUAUGCCGAUCAUUACUACUAAUAAUAAUAACGUUGUAUAUUUAAUUCGAUACUGUACCCAAAGUGCAGCCAACUUCAAUCUACGAUUGUUAAUUGAUUCCCACUUAUUAAUUAUUCCCUAAUAACUUACUAACCAUGUGUCGAGAAAAGUUCAGGUCUGUGGUAUAAGGACCAUCUUCUUCGGUCUGAUUUUUUAAUAAUUUUUAAAUACCAUAUUAACCUGAAGGUUUUUUUCUUUUUUUGUUCUCCAUUCUUCAGCAUUGAUCAUUUUUGUACGGUUUCGUUUAGAUUUCAUGGAAAAAAAAGAGAAAAAUAUAAAAAAAUGUGAAAUGCAGCAUAUAAAUGCAAUGUACUGAUAUCGCUUUUCGCGAUAAACAGCUAUACAAUAAGCUAAAGGUAAAAAAAAAAAGCAAAAAUUUGACGAUUAAAUAAUAUAUAUAGAUAAUACCAAUAAUAAUCAAAUAAUAUCUCUAUCAGAACACACAUUUACGGUGCCGCAUCACGUCAUAAUAUAUAUUUGAAGAAAUAAUAAUGUCAUACUGUAUUAUUGUGUGAUACCUAUAUCAAUGACAGUAUAAUAAAGAAGAUAUUGUGUUACCUUCA